AUGGGUUACAUGAAAACUACCUACGAUUACUUCGACGUCGACGCGCCUUUCACGCCCCAUCCUAAAUAUGGCCAUCUUUCCGAAAAGACUCCCGAGUAUGAACAAGCAGAGCCUUCCAUCCGAAAGACUUAUGAAGUUCUAUUCUCCCUUCCCGACUUUCCAAGUGUCCGCGCAGUCGCUGGUGAUGCAGACGCAGUGAUGCCGCCUGAGGGACCUAAUCGUUACAAAGAUGUUGUCACAGAGCUGAUCGACAUCCCUACUCGUGAUGGCACCAUGAUUGAACUCAAGAUUUACAAGUCUCCUAGUGUCAAGGAUAACGCUGUUCUGAUGUAUCGAAUGCACGGUGGUGGCUGGUGUCUUGGUCGCCACGAAGUCGAUGGCGUGGAUAACGUGUAUGCUGCUACUAACACCAGCAUUAUUGUCGUUAGUGUCGACUAUAGGACAGCCCCAGAGCAUCCCUUCCCGACACCAAUCAAUGAUUGUUAUGAUGGGCUCAUCUGGUGCAAGAAUAACGCAGACAGGCUAGGAGUUGACCCAGAGAAAAUCAUAAUUAGUGGAGGCUCCGCCGGCGGCCAACUCGCAGCUUCACUCGCUCUAGACUGCGUCAGAGACGAUGUGACCGGAAUCAUCGCCCAAGUGUUGCAUUUUCCAUCAACGUGUCAUCCCAAAUUCUUCCCUACGGAUAAGUAUGAAUACGGGAGCUAUGUCCAGAACUACGACGACGCUGUCCUGAGCACAAUAAACAUGGAGACGGUCUUAGAUGCUCAUGUCCCUGAUGCGAAGCCAGACUACAGACACUCUCCUCUCCUUUCGGAAUCAUUCAAGGGGCUCCCUCCAACACUGAUUCAAUGCGGUGGAACGGAUGUCCUUCGAGAUGAUUCAUUCGCCUACGCUGGUGCUCUCAUGAAAGACGGCAUUGACGUGGAAAUUCACUGUUAUGCUGGGCUUCCACAUUGGUUUCCUGUCAUACUUCCCCAAACAUCGCAAAGUGUUCAGUUCUAUGAGAGAUACAACGACUUCUUGGCCAGACAUGCAGGGAAUUAA